AUGUCGACGGCUCCAGUGACCAAGGGCGCCAUCGAGAAGAUGAACAAGGGCCAGUUGCAAGAGCACCUGGGCAAGCUCGGGGAGGAGUGUCCCACACAGUGGGGGAAGGCAGAGAUCAAGGCUCGCAUCUGCGAGCUGGUGGAGGAACUGGGGCAGGAGAUUCCCAGUGGUCGAACGCGGCCACCACUGGCCACCAUGAUGACGGAGAUGAACAAGGGCUCUCGGAAGAAGGCCGACCUGGCCAUCCGCAAGAUCUACGACCUGUCCCCGGCAACGGGGAUGGACCCAGUGGGAUUCGGGCGUCACGCGAGCCUAUCCUACGAGGAGAUCAUGAAGGAGUGGCCGGAGUACUGCCAAUGGGUGCUACAGACCGCCCACGAGAACGGCAAGGAAUCGGACUACCGUCUGCAGAGGCUGGCAGGAUGGCUUCGCAAUCAGCCGACGAAGGAGAAGAGCUAUCCAACCACAAAGGCCAAGGCGCGCAGUCCAGCUACCAGGAGCCCGUAUCCAGCGACGAGCUCGGGGAGUCACGAGGACCAGAGCGAGAAGAUCCGCCAACUCACGGAGGCCAUGGAGAUCAUGAAGGCCGAGAUGGCUGCCUUGGUGCCGGAGCCCCGCCGCAAAAAGGCGGAAGCGAGCAAAUCCGAGGACGAAGGGAUCUCCCCGGACAGCUUCAGCAUGGUCUCGGAGAGUGGCAAGGGUCGGGGCCACAAGAAGCCGUGA